AUGGCCGGUCCGGCAAAUCCUUUCGCUGGUCUUGGCCAGAAAGAUGUGACGGCAGGAAGCGGUGGUGCUGGUGGAGGAGGGCGUGGGGCGUUUGGCCGGUCGACGCCGUAUCAGCCGAAAGCUCCUGGUGGUGGAGGUGCACCGACACGCGGGUCGACUCUUCGCGGUCGAGGACGAGGUGCUUCGACGACACGGGGGCGCGGUCGAGGAGGACAUACUGCGAAUGGUGGUGCUCAGGGCCAGAAUCCGUUUCGGAAUAAUAAUAAGGUCGAGGCGCAAGCUGGGUCUGAUUCGGGUUCGAGCUCGCCGUUUGCUCAGCUGAGGCAGGGUAAUAAGCCGGCUUUUUCGCCCUUUGGUGGUCAGGCUUCGCAGCAGUCUACGUCGUCGCCGUUUUCGAGUGUGGGAAAGGGGUCUGGGUUUGGGGCACCGUCGUCGACUUUUGAUGGGACAAUGGUUGAUGCGAGUCGGGAUCCGCGACAGCGACCGGUCUCGAGACCGAUGAAUGGUGCGACUGGGUCUGCGGUGCCUGUAGAGGAUGGUUCGAUUUUGGGCAGUUAUAAUGACCGUUAUGAGCAGGUUAGUUGUGCUGUUGGAUUUGGGAUCUGGGAUCUUGGAUUGAAACUUGAUAGGGCUAAAGAGAGGGAAAAGGCAAUCAGGGAAGGUCAGAUGGCGGAUCCUAACCAGCCUACUUCUUUGAACCAGGCCAUUACACCCGUUGGUACCUGCACGAGCAUGUGUCCUGAAUUCGAACGGGUCGAGCGCAUUGUUCAAAAGAUGGUUGACAAGAGCGAAAAGUUCCUUCAUCCUUCGACCAACACAUUACAAAAUAUGGAAACCAAAAUGCUCAAGCGUUUCCGACGUUCAGCCGCUGGUUACGACGAACAGCUUCCGUCUGAUAUUCGAACGCCCAAGACACUCCUUCAAACCAUGAACUAUCUAAUACGGCAUGUCGUUGGGGGCCCCGAGCCUCUUGGUAUUAUUCACAAGUUCGUGUGGGAUCGUACUCGAUCCAUCCGUAAUGAUCUCUCCGUUCAACAGCUCACCCAGGAAGAACAUGUCCAAUUGGCAGUUACUUGCCUGGAAAGGAUUGCUCGUUUCCAUAUAGUUUCUCUCCAUUUACUCUCUAGCCCUGCCAAUGAGGAACCGUUCGAUCGCCACCAGGAACGUGAACAGCUCAACAACACAAUGCUGUCACUAAUGUACUACUAUGACGACAACAGAGGCCGCAUUCAAUUCCCCAACGAGGAUGAAUUCCGAGCUUAUUACAUUAUUUUUUCUAUCCACGAUCAACGACCCGAUUUGGAAGCCCGUGUUCAGAAAUGGCCAGCUGAAUUGCGCAACUCGCCAAAGGUUCAGGUGGCAUUGGAGCUAUUCGCUGCCGCUGGAAACACAUGGGAAUACCAGGGUACAUUGGACGCUAAACGACCGAACGCGAUUGCACAGGGUUUCUACGCGCGCUUUUUCAGCCUGAUUGAUUCGCCUGCUGUAUCAUAUCUGAUGGCAUGUGUCGCGGAAAUUUACUUCAACCACAUGCGCCAGACUGCUAUCCGUUCGAUAUGGAAGGGAUACUGCCGCGCACCAGCUUCUCAACAGCACAAGAAUGAAGAAUGGACGAUCGAUGAAUUAACAACGGUUUUAUGCUUUGAUAGCGACAGCCAGACAAUCAGCUUUUGCGAAGAGCAAGAUUUGCAACUCGCGGAGAACGCCAAUGGCGAACUUUAUCUCAACUGGGGAAGCCGUCCCGUUGACUCUGUUGCCUUCCAACCGUCCUCGGAACACUCAUUUUCGGAAAAGAUAGUCGAGUCGAAGCGUUCUGGUAGAACAUUGGCUGCCAUCAUCCUUGGAUUGAAUAUAAAAGAAGCAGUAAAUUUGGGGAUGAUUGACAGUUCUUUGUUGUCACAGCGCACAGCUUCCUUCGCAGCACCCAAGUUUGGGGCUACCGACGACGACUCUCUCUUUGUUAGCGAUGACGACAACGAGAUGCAGACUUCGACUUUCCAGCCGAAUGGCGUUUUCUCUACGCUUUCGCAACCUGCUGCGCCUGCUGCACCAGCCGAGUCACCAGACUCCGCUUCUAGUCUCCGAAACGGUUUUGACGAUUUCUCGCAAGCAACGACGAGCACUGCGCCUUCACUUGUGCAAAGUGAUUUCUCGACAGGUUUCCCUGCGCAACCGAGCGUAUCUCAGCCCGUUGAGCCGGCCAAGCCAUUCUCGUCGUUAUUUCCCAGCGGGAACACAGCCAAUCCUUUUGGGGCAUCCCCCACACCAUCCAAUCCCUUUUCAAACGUCUCAUCUCCAUUUGCAUCUCCAAAACUACCUGAAACGAGCCAGAGUAAUGGUCCGUUUUCAGCCGCGCCCACUACUCAGAAGCCACCAAUCUUUCCAACUGGGCCAAGUAUCUUUUCCUCUCCGGCUCCGAAAUCUGAUGCUACACCCGCACCUGCUGCUUCUACGACGCCCCAAUUCAAACUCCCGGGCUUCACUCCUCCGACUACUUCCGCUCCAGCUUCUCUUUUCAGUUCUCCUACUACCACACCUGCUACUACAUCUGAUAAGCCUGCCGGGUUGACUGCUGGCCAGCCUCCCGCCAGUCUCUUUAGCUCUGUCAAACCGCCUACCUUCCCUGCGACAUCCGGUUCUUUAUUCAACUUUUCGGGUCAGAGUCCAGUUUCAAAUAAUUCCAUUUCUCAAAUAUCUGAGGAAAAAGAGGCUUCAGCGGAACCUGCGCCGUCCCCUAAGCCAACUGGGUUGUUUGCCCCGAAGGCAGAUACACCAUCCAUCUUUCCUCCUGUUUCAACCACACCUUCGAGUAGCAUUUUCUCCAGCAGCAAUUCUACCACGGCAUCUUCAGUCGGACAAGGAGGCACUUCGGAAACGAAGACUGUUGCCGAGACAGAGUCUUCAGCAAAGCAAGAUGGCGAUGUGUCUACUUUGGAAGAGCAUACGUCGCCUCAUACCGAUAGUGUUACUCAGCCAGAGGUUCCAUCGUUUACGCCGAACGCCAGCAUAACGUCCACUGCGCCUAUCCCUGCCGCAGAGGAGCCUCCUAUCACUACCGACGAUCUUGUGCAGCCGCCUGAAGCUGAAGAGCCACCGGUUGAGGAAGAGAAACCUAUUCUUCCCGAGGUAGCCGAUAGACGCAGUGCUUGGAUAGAGGCCUUGAAGGAGACUGCUAAUAGGCGACGACAAGAAUCCUCGGCUGGUCGCAAGAGAGUGUAUGAUGAACAACCAGAGCAGGAGCCGGUAGACACCGGAGCCAAGGCUGCUAAGGUUCCCAAGCCUUCGCCGCCUGUUCCGCGCAAACCAUCCAUGGCACUUUCUUCUAUCAAGCCAUUGCCGAAGCUUCCGAUCCUUGAACAGAUUGAGUCUUUGACUGCGCGCAAACCUGCAGCAGAGCAGAAAAAGCCCGAGGAGCCAAAGCCUAGUCAGGUUGACGAAGAUGAACUACUCUUGUCUGCAGCCCGAAUCGCAGCAGAGUCAUUGAGAAGCGGACCAAAGCUUGUCCACAGCACGUCUGCGUAUUAUGAGCCGCGACGAUCUUUCAGCCCAGGCAGUAGCUUUUCCUCGUCGCUACCGCUUUCUCGAAGCAUGUCGCCGCCGCAAUCGCAUGUGAAUGGAUACGACCUUGCCUAUGCCCCUGACAACGAUCUAGGACUUGGGCGGACAUUGUCUCGUACUGAACAAAGGCUUCGACUUACCGGAGGCAAGGGUCUGGCGUAUAAGCCAUUGGACUUUACACCUGGAAAGAGCCGGAAAUCUCUAGGAGGGAAGUGAUGACUUGUGAAGUGAUGGUUGGAUUCACUGUUUAUAAUUCUUCUUUUUUGCUCAUUUGGAUUUCAAACUCCUAAAUUUUGUCUUUUUUACCCUGAAUAUUGGGCAUUGGGGAUAUCUUAACCUGUAUUUGGCGAUGGCGUUUUUCUUUUCUAUCUUUUCUAUGCUUGCCUGGCUAGGUCAUGUUAUUUUGAAUUUGCACAUUGCACAUUGCAUGGCGCUGGGGGAUUGUAUUUACACAAUAUAUCAUGAUAUUCAAAGCCUGUCUAUUUGACAAUACCCAAAUUCAUGCAUCUACUUUGCACUACUAGCUAGGUAGUGAUACAAUUGCGAUAAUCAUACCGACUAUCAAUAACCUG